AUGCAUUGCUACUUUUCAAAGUUAAUCAUGUCAAUAUUGUUAACCUUUGAUCAUAGUUAAAUAUACAUUGUAAUAAAGAUAUAUUAGAUUGAUUAAAACCUUAUGAGGGCUUCGGUUUAUUUCAGCUGGUAUACGAUCAGAUAAAAGUGAGACGUCUGUCAAGACAGUAUAUUCAAGCCCAAACGAAGAUGUCACAGUUGCUCAAGAGAAGAAAAUCACCUAUAAAAACAGUAUGAAGAAGAAAACGCAAACACAAAAUAUGAAUGUGGCUUGCAUUGGACACCCCCGAGCCGGGAAGACAUGCUUGAUGAGACAAUUGUUAAGACAACACAUACCACCUGGUGGCCCGGUUCCUACUGAAUUGGUCGAACUACUGACCAAACGACUAAGAUACAAACUUGAAAAGAGUGCAGAGGAAAGAGAAGACCUAGAUAAGAGAACGAAGUCAGAAUUGUGUCGGCUACAAUUACGCAGUCUCCGAAAGAAACAGGAAGAUGAUGAUCCCUCAGAUGCAGAUUCAAAUGGCAAACCAUUUUCUAUCAUCUAUCAGAGGAACACAUCACAACAGAACACAACGGAAGACCAAGCAAAAUCAAUAGACGAUAUCAAUAUCGAUGAUGAUAGCAUAGAUGACUCAUCUUGGGCUUAUGUAACUUUGUUUGAUUUUGGUGGGGACGAAGUAUUUCGUAUGAACCAUCAAUGCAUCAUGUCGGCAAACAAAAUAUAUCUGCUAGUGUUUGAUGUUUCCUUGUGGGAAAACCAAACAGAACGGGAUCAUAUCGCUGCUGAAAUUGAGUACUGGCUGAAUUUAGUUGCGACGUACGCAGGAGACGAAUCUGACGAACGUAAAGGUAUACCACCAAUUAUAUUGAUUGGUUCUCAUAUGGACAAAAUUCCAAAGUACCACAGGGAGCUAGAUUUACCUCCUUUGUCUGACUCAUGGUGCUGCCCUAGUCCUGCGAGCUGGAUGAGCCAAUGUUGUCGUGCGACAUACUAUGAUGAAAAGGACAUUUGUAUCAAAAUAUGGAACGAACUGCAAGAGAGACUACCUGGCAUGAAAGAUAUAUUAAAACAUCACGUGAAGCAGAUCUUCUUAAUUGCGGACAUGGAUAAUAGUGACCUAAACGAAGAGAAGUAUCUUGAUGUAUGGUGUGAGAUAGAAAAGUAUGUCGAUCUACAGUCGUGUUGGCACGACAGCAUCACCGGAACUUGGCUAGCAAUGGAAGAAAAAGUUAUGUUGGAAAAAGAAAAAGGACAAAAGUUCCUGAAUAUCCAACAGAUACUUGAUAUCAACAGCAAGCUGUUGGUACCUCUUGCAGAGAAUGAACUAGUUCCUUUCCUUCGAUAUAUGCAUAAUGCUGGAAGCAUUAUCUGUUUCGAUAUUUUCGGAAAGAUGGAUUCCGAAUCUGAGCAGGAUACAAACCAAAUUAAAGUGAUAUUAGAUAUCAACUGGAUCAUCAAAGCAUUUGCAACCAUUAUCACGGAUGAGAAAUUUGCGGACUUAAAUGGCAACAAGCAACAAAUUAUUUGGGAACAAUACAAAACAACAGCAAUGCUUACUGACGAAGUCCUUGAAUUACAAUGGCGAAAUGUGACAUAUGAAGACCGUGAAGUAUUGAUAUCGCAAAUGAAAAAUCUAGGAUUGAUAACGGAACGGACGCAUCAAGGAUAUAUGGUCCCCUGUCUACUGAGCGAAGCUAAGUCAGACUGCAUACGACAACUAUUUAACAACGAGAGCGUGCAUUCAACUAAAACUUUAUGUCUGGUAUUCCGUGAUCAGUUUAUUCAAGAAUCCAUCUGGGACAGAACUGUUGCAUUUUGCCUACAUGAAUUUGGUGAAUGUACCUACCCAGAGCGGGGUAACGAGAUACACCCUAAAAGAGGCUUUAUAUGCAGGAACGUUGAUGACAUUUGGAACUUUGUACUGCACUGUAAAGGAGCAAUGCUCAAAAUGACAAUGUUUAAUCAUCACGAACAGCCUGUGCCUCGUGGAGUUGGGGACAAUCUGCGGCUUAAAAUUGAAGGCAUUAUCAAAACCGUUCUUUCAAUGGCAAACCAAGAACAACGAAAGUUCUAUUACUACCUCCAUUGUGACUUUUGGAUAUAUGAUGGAGAGAGUGAUAUCGGAAAGCCAAAAAUAGAGACACUGAUGAGAUGCACUAAAUUCCCAGUUAAGGACUCUAAAGGAAAUAAGUGUUUCCUGACACAAAAUGAUUGCCAUGCAUGGUUUGGAGAUGUCAGUAAGGUGUCUGCUGAGGAGAAAUUCACUGACAUGACAAGAGUGAAAAUAAUCCAUGCUGCUAUGGUGACAAACCUACAUGGUUGGGUCUAUCCAACAUCGAAAAACACAUGGGGAACAUUCCAAACGCAAUUAGACCCGUUUUUGGCAAAUGCCGAUUUGUACGAUGUUCCUGACAACAGUAUGGCGAAAAUCUGUAAAGCGCUGAUGAGAGAUGGACACAUUGAUUAUGGAGAUUAUAGCAUUCUUCGAGAGAUUGUUAACAGUAUCCAUGUUAAGGCAGCUGACGUUAUUGAUAAAGCUAUGGUGGAACUGUCUAAGUAUCGGCGCUAACUUCAGCGAUGUUAACGAUAAACAUCAGCUCGAUACAAUGCCCCAACACGAAGAGCAGGAUCGCUAAGGGCCUAGCUAUCACACAUCGAUGCGGCACAGUGUUAUAACUGGCCUUGAUUGAACGUUGGUCAAUAGAGCCAGCCCAUACUCAUGUAUGACGUGGAGUCUUACAAACCCUGGUAUGACGUGGAUCGGUGGAUCUAUCUCACAUGCUGACGUAAUAUAUGACGUACUUGAGAGAUAGUGUUUUGUGAAACUGACGGUUUACAAUCAGUGAAAUAAUGACCAGUCUUAUCUGAUGUGUGGAGAACUAUGACACAUUUACAGUUGGUCUCUGGUUGGUUUCUUAUGUUCAGUAAAGAAAAGGAACGAUCCAAAGAAGGCGAAUACGACGUUACCAACAAGUCUUAGUCUUUACAUGUAAACUCAACACUAGAUUUAUGUUUACAUUUAAACGUUCGUGUGCGACAGGUCGAUUGCGCCAAAACAGUGGUGAGAGUAACGUUAGUUUAAACCCGCCAUUGACAACUUUGUGGUAAAUGAUUAUAUUAUUGCGUUUGCUUAAAAAAGAUGUGGACAUGCUAUUCUUACGGGAUGGAGUACUCAUGGCAUAAUGGCAAUAAACAGUCUCGGAGUGUGGUAAAUGAGUGUCAUGAUAUAGAUAUUUAAUUUCACACUGACACUUCUAGUCAAAUAGCUUAAUUAAUCGAUGAUAGAUUAGCUAUGAUGUUACUACCAGCCAAUUUUUAUGAAAGCUGAUUGUUAUGUGCAAAACAAUUUUUUGAUGCUAUGCUAAGGAAUUGCAUCCUCGAUAUCCAAGGGUUACGCUCACUUUCGCUCUCUGUACCCCUUGAAUAUGUCAUAUCAAAUAUGAAGGCUCGGUGUGCGCCACUUUGUUGAUGUGACAAGAAAACUUGAUCGAUCCUUUUAUGUACAUCAACAGAAUCUCGCGGUCACGUAACGGUAACAAUUAAGAGUCUUUGAAG